UAUUGGUUCGAAUUUAUGAACUUGUUCGUGGUGACAUGGUUGGAGCUGAUCAAAAUGGUGCAGACAGCCAGGGGAGGGAAGUUCCAGGACGCCGUCGAGAUAUUCCGGAUGAUGCCGUGUGUUGGAUAUUUAUUGCUGGCGAUGGCGAAGUCCUACAAGAUAGUGUACCACCGAUCUGUUUAUGAGAACUUGGUGGACGAGCUGCGCAGCAUGUGGCCGCGCGGGGAGGUUUCUGAUGAGGAGCAUCUCAUUGUGAACACGGCGCUGACACAGCUCAACUAUGUCGUGCAAGGUUACUACUGGUGCAACAACGCACUCCUUGUCAUUUUCCUGUCGCCUCCGUUCGUGGAGAUUAUCAAGAUAAUGUCAGGGGAGGAGGUGCCUCUCAUCCUGCCCUUCUUCUACUGGUUCCCCUUCGACGAAUUCAAAAGAGGCUAUUACGAAGUCAUACUCAUCGCUCAGACUUGGCAUGGACUAAUUACCAUCUGGUUCAUGUUAUGCGGGGACCUGCUGUUCUGCAUCUUCCUCAGCCACAUCACUACACAGUUCGAUCUCCUUGCUGUGAGGAUAAGAAGACUUGUGUAUGUACCGUUGGAUAAACAACUGAUCGAUACAUAUCCUUUGGGAGAAUACAGCACUGCAUAUGUCCGAAAGAACAAGGAAAGCAUUGACACUUUCAGCGAGCAGGAGUGGGAGCAGAAACACCAGUCGGAGCUCGCCAAUAUCAUCGUCAGACAUCGAGCUUUAGUCAGGCUUUCUGGAGACGUUGAGGACAUGUUCAGCUUCGCGUUACUGGUGAACUUCUUCAACAGUUCAAUCAUCAUUUGUUUCUGUGGCUUCUGCUGUGUUAUUGUUGAAAAAUGGAACGAGAUGGUAUACAAGUCAUUUCUAACAACUGCUCUUUCUCAAACUUGGCUGUUAUGCUGGUAUGGUCAAAGGCUAUUGGAGUCAAGUGAAGGAGUAUCCGACGCAAUUUACGACAGCGGUUGGUACAAAUCAACUCAGAAAAUCAAGAGCUCCUUGCUUAUUAUGCUACAUAGGGCUCAGAAGAAUGUUCAUGUUACUACGUACGGAUUUUCCAUUAUUUCUUUGGCAAGCUAUACUACGAUAAUCAAGACAUCUUGGUCGUACUUCACGUUAUUACUCAAUAUUUAUAAAAAAUGAAGUCAGCAUUAGAAUUACUUAUUAAGUUUGAAAAUGUAUUCAUUUUAUUUAUUCUGCAACUAUAAUUAAAUGUAA